CAUUUUCGUUUCCAGAUUCUCAUCACCACAGCAACCAGCCCCCAAGCUUCCCUCCCCACAUCAGUUAAGCUCGCUAAGGGCCAUCACAGACAGGGGUUUUUAGGUAGCCACCCUUCGCCCCCCUUCCACACUGUUGGCAUUCCUCAGCUAUCUUAUCGCCCGAAACCUGCCCCACCAUCCACAGCACCACGCUCUUCAGCAUCGUCAUCCGUCACAAGCCAGUAGCUCCGCCCUUGACGAACUUUUACACUUUCGUUAGCUGCCAGACCGUCUUUUUCUCCUCUUCCUAGUCCAGGAAACAAAAAAAAGAAGACAGAAAAGUAGCAACCAUGUCAACCGAAUUAACUUAUCCCUGUUCUCUAAGCCUCGAUGUCCCCUUUCCCGACGCAAGACUUGCCAAUGUUGCGCUCCAGGCUCUCGGAGUAGACAAGGAACUAUCUACGCUCGUUCAAAAGGAGUUAUCGGCCGUUGACUCGACGCUCAAAGUUCGGUACAAGGCGACAACAAACAGGAUGCUGCGCGUGGCUGUCAACUCGUUCUUUGACAGCUUGGCUCUUGUGUUGGAGGUGAUGGAACAGUUGGAUGUGGAUGUAAUAGAGGCUAGAAAGGCGGAAGAAGAGACUGGUUGAAACGGCAAGCUGCAACUGUGAAUCACCAGAAACAUGAGGCAACUCAAACCACCGUGCCGAGCCGCAAGAGAUGAUGGGGACGGUCAAGACUAUUAGGCAUGUGAAAGUUAACUGUGCAACCUAUAGAGAAAGGCGCGCUUGCUGCAUUGCUAGCCUCAAGAGGCACAGCAUCACGGGAGCAUUCGCCGGAACAUCAACAUCAACAUCAACAUCAUCAGGGGCACGACAAAGGCGUUUGUAGGCCAC